AUGGCGACAUACUUGCCCAUUUCAUCUCCAUUUAUUCGAUUCGCCAGCCGUUUCGUCGAUGAAUCAUUUGGUGUCGCCGCCGGUUACAACUUCUUCUUCUUCCAGGCAUCUCUAGUCCCGUACGAAAUCACAGUGUGCAAUCUCGUCAUUCGUUAUUGGACUGAUGCUAUUCCUGUCUGGGGCAUAUGUCUGAUCUUCUUGACGCUGUACGCGCUCCUCAAUUAUUUCAAUGUCUCCUUCUAUGGCGAGGCCGAGUUUUGGCUAUCUAUCGGCAAGGUGAUUCUUAUCGUCGGGCUUAUCUUCUACACCUUCAUUGUCAUGGUUGGUGGCAAUCCCAAGCACGACGCUUUUGGCUUCCGUUAUUGGAAGAACCCCGGCUCCUUUGCCACACUAUACCGGGAGGGAGACACGGGUCGUUUCCUCGGAUUUCUAUACUGUCUGGUCCAAGCAGCUUUCGCCGUCGCGGGUCCGGAAUACGUAUCGAUGUGUGCCGGCGAGGCUGAGAACCCGCGCAAGGUACUACCUAAGGCGUAUAAGUCUAUCUUCUGGCGGUUGACCACAUUCUUCAUGCUUGGUUCACUCGCUGUGGGCAUCCUAGUCCCAUACAACGAUCAAAAGUUGAUUGACUCUUACAAAGCUGGCGCGCAUGGCGCUGCGGCCUCACCGUUCGUGCGAUCCAUGGAUAUGCUUGACAUUCCAAUCUUACCACACAUUGUGAACUUCUUGAUCUUAACCUCCGCAUUCAGUGCGGGCAACAGCACACUGUACUGCGCGACCCGCAGUCUUUAUGGUCUUGCACUAGAGGGCAAGGCACCUCGUGUGCUCGCAAACUGUAGUAAGGGCGGAGUACCUUAUUGGUGCGUCACCGUUGUCUUUUGUAUAAGCCAACUUGCCUGGCUGCAAGUCAGCCAUUCGGCGAAUGUCGUCUUGACCUGGUUUGUGUCCCUAGUAACCGCAUCGCAGCUCAUCAACUUCUGCGUCAUCGCGUACACCUACACACGAUUCAGAAAGGCGUGUGCGGCACAGGGAAUCUCGAGCUCGCUCCCGUACAAGGCACCUUUUCAACCUAUGGCAGCUUGGUUUGCGCUUUGCUGUUGCCUGGUCCUCACCCUCAUUGGUGGCUGGACAAUAUUUAUAGAUGGAAACUUCGACGUGCCUGACUUCCUAUUCCAAUAUAUGAUGGUCUUUGUAUUCCCAGUCAUCUUCGUCGGUUGGAAGAUAUGGCACAAGACGAAAUGGCUUGCGCCUGCCGAGGUUGACCUGACCACGGAUGUGCGAGCUAUCGAGGAGUAUACAGCGAAUUAUGCGCCUAAUGCUUCGCGAACGAAGUUGGGCCGCCUGCUUGAUAAAGCCUUCUUAGUUUAG